AUGCCCCGCGCCGCCUCCGCUGCCGCCGCCGCCGCCGCCGCGCCGCGGUUUGAGGGCGGGAGGCUGGGGGAGGGUAGCGGAGCCGGCGCCGCGGCCAUGUUGGAUCUGAGGCGGCUGCUGUAGGCGCCGACGGAGCGAGCGGGCGUGCGGAGCGGCGACAGCGGCGUGGGAUCUGCCUCUCUGCGAGCGGCCCGGAGGGGCGGCGGCGGCGCCAUGAGCGGGGGCACCCCUUACAUCGGCAGCAAGAUCAGCCUCAUCUCCAAGGCGGAGAUCCGCUACGAGGGCAUCCUCUACACCAUCGACACCGAGAACUCCACCGUAGCCCUCGCCAAAGUUCGAUCCUUUGGUACAGAAGACAGACCAACAGAUCGUCCUAUACCACCUCGAGAUGAAGUCUUUGAAUAUAUUAUAUUCCGUGGGAGUGAUAUUAAAGAUCUCACCGUUUGUGAGCCACCAAAACCACAAUGUUCUUUGCCUCAGGACCCAGCUAUUGUUCAGUCCUCACUAGGUUCAUCUACUUCUUCAUUCCAGUCAGUGGGUUCCUAUGGACCUUUUGGCAGGAUGCCAACAUACAGUCAGUUCAGUCCAAGUUCAUUAGUCGGGCAGCAGUUUGGUGCUGUUGGUGUUGCUGGAAGCUCCUUGACAUCUUUUGGAACAGAAACAUCAAACAGUGGUACCUUGUCCCAAAGUAGUGCAGUUGGUUCUGCCUUUACACAGGAUACAAGAUCUAUAAAAACACAGUUAUCUCAAGGUCGUUCAAGCCCUCAGUUAGACCCUUUGAGAAAAAGUCCAACCAUGGAACAAGCAGUACAGACCGCCUCGGCCCACUUACCUGCUCCAGCACCUGUUGGGAGAAGGAGCCCUGUAUCAACCAGGCCUUUGCCAUCUACCAGCCAAAAAGCAAUAGAGAACCAAGAGCACAGGCGAGCUGAAGUACACAAAGUUUCAAGGCCAGAAAAUGAGCAACUCAGAAAUGAUAACAAGAGACAAGUGGUUCCAGGUGCUUCCUCAGCUCCAAGGAGAGGGCGAGGAGGUCAUCGAGGUGGCAGGGGAAGAUUUGGUAUUCGGCGGGAUGGUCCAAUGAAAUUUGAGAAAGACUUUGACUUUGAAAGUGCAAAUGCACAAUUUAACAAGGAGGAGAUUGACAGAGAGUUUCAUAAUAAACUUAAAUUAAAAGAAGAUAAACUUGAGAAACAAGAGAAGCCUGUAAAUGGUGAAGAUAAAGGAGACUCGGGAGUUGAUACUCAAAACAGUGAAGGAAAUGCUGAUGAAGAAGAUCCACUUGGACCUAAUUGCUAUUAUGACAAAACCAAGUCCUUCUUUGAUAAUAUUUCAUGUGAUGAUAAUAGAGAACGAAGACCAACCUGGGCUGAAGAAAGAAGAUUAAAUGCUGAAACAUUUGGGAUUCCACUUCGUCCAAACCGUGGUCGUGGAGGGUACCGAGGCAGAGGAGGUCUUGGUUUCCGUGGUGGCAGAGGGCGUGGUGGUGGCAGAGGUGGUACAUUUACUACCCCUCGAGGAUUUCGUGGUGGAUUCAGAGGAGGUCGUGGGGGCAGGGAGUUUGCAGAUUUUGAAUAUAGGAAAACCACAGCUUUUGGACCCUAAAAGGUCUGGAUUGGUCGUACUGCUUUCUGAAAGAAAGACAACAAAGUUGCUGCAUAGUCUACAAGCAAGUCUUUGAAAAUAGGUGAAUUUCUAGCUCUUCAUGGUCCUGAAAAUUGGUUUCAGUCUUUGUGAAGAAUGAAGAAGUGAAUUUGCUGUAUAUUUGUCACCAGCACUGGGUUUUGUUUGUUUAUUUUUCUGCUUAAUUUCAAAGAUACAAUGCAGUUACUUUUGGGGGGAGGAAGGCUCAUCUUAAAAAAUGAGCACUAAAUAUAUUUGGAAUAGCAGAAGGGUUAAGUAAUUUCUUAUGUAUAGUUAAACUAAAGCAGUACUUCAAUGGACUUAUAAGUAUUUUUUCAUCACUGAAAGGAUUUUUCUUAUCACUAAAUUGUAUUUGGCAAUUAUUGCAAGUUGCCUGCAGAUAGGGCCGUGAUACUGUGUUUUGAGCCACAGAAGGUUGUGUGUGUAUGUGUGUGUGUGUGCGCGCGUGUGUCUUUAUCUUCCUCUUUCUUUUUGGAAAUCCUAUAAUAUGAGGUAGCUUAUUUCGUCAAUUAGGGUGCUGGAUGGUAGAGAAUUUUGUCAGUCAACUAUGUACACACAGUAAAUACUGUUUCUUAGGCAAAGGUAACUUUUUUAUAUAGUUGUAAAAUUCCAUUAUAUUCCAUUGCCAAAGAAACAUUAAGAACUUUGUAUAGCUGUAUAAAAAGCAACUAAUUUUUUAAAGAAUAAACAUUUUAAAGUCAGCAAACAUACUGUGUCCUUGCAGAAGUUGAUGUGCUGAGGAACAGAGUUAUGGGUGGGUCUUUUUUUCCCUUGUCUUUCCAGGCUUAAUAUUUUUGAUUUAUUUUUUAAUGUUUGGAACAGAAAUGAAGAUUUGAUACAUUCUUCCAUUAUCUAAAAAGGAUAAAUUCUUCAUGCUCAAUGUAAGAACUUCAUUUUGUAGCAAAUGGCAUAUCACAGGAUUUCUCCAAAUAAUAUUUUCAGUAUAUGAAUGUAAAUAAUCAUAGAUAAGAAUGUACUUAGCUGUAUUUUCAAAUAAGUAAUCAUCCCCCUUUUUUAAGACUUUUAAAACUAGGCAUCAGUUAACUUGUUUUUCCUGAUAUGCCUGGAGUUUUGUUGUGAUAACAUUGACUCAUUCCAUUAUAUUUCAAGAGGAUUCAGAAUGUUCGAAAUUAUUUUGAAAACUUGUAACACAUUAUUAUUAACAUUGGGCCUGUGACCCACAGAUGACUCAGUAUAGAGUUCAUUGCUAAUUAUAAAUUACUAAUAAAUCUUUUUGAUAUUUUAAGCUAUAGUGGAAAAAAAUCUGGCCACUUUUGUGUUUUUAUGAAGGCCAUGGAAUAAAGGGAUCCAAAGAUUUAAAUAUUUUUAUCUACUUUGAUUUUUGUUAACUUUCUCCUUAAAACAUUCAGUAGUGAUAAAGAUGUGGAAAACUGCACUGUAGGAGAAUUGGAAUAUUUAAAGAUGGUUGAUAUUUUUAUUUUAAUUUUGUAUCUUUUGUAUAGCUCUACAAGGAAAUGUUUUGUAAUUUGAUUUCAUUAUUAAGAUCCAGUACUUGGCAGCCAUAGUUUAGAUAAUAUUGUUUAGUACUAUUUGCUUGCAUGUUAACAACUAAACCUUUUGGAGGACCCACAAAUCAUGAUAAUGAACGUAUUUCUGAGGCAUUCGAGCAUCAAAGCAAGUGCUGUGGCAAUACCUGUGUAGACUGAGAAGUCCCAGGCCAAUUUCAAGAAGAAAAACUUGUAAAUACCAGUUCUACACACUCUGAAAGUAUGAGUUCACUCGUUUUUCCCAGCUCUCUGGGUCAUUGACUGGGACAUUUGUUGUCCCAAAAGUAACUGGCAGCAUGGCGUACCUGCAGUGCACCUUACAAUAUUAAAGCAAGGUUUUUAUUCUAAAACAGAAUAAAACUGUUCAAUAAAAAAUGUUUGUCAAAGUUCUUUCUCUUAAA